GGCUGCCACAGGGAACCCAGCAUGAGGCUGCUUUCUUUCCCCACCUGUCCUGCUUUCUGUGCCUCCAGAGGGAAGGAAUAAUGUGGGCAGCAGCUGCUGAACAGGAUGGGGUUCAGUCUACUGCCAGCAGGAAAUUUCACCAUUGCUCUAAACUCAGCUGUGGCUCUCAGCAUAGCUGAGUGCCACCCCCUGUGCUGGGCUCCGGACAGAACUGUGGUGCACAGGAAAGGGGGCUGCCAGAGGACAGCAAUGCCUGACAGCCCCCUGCUUUUGGCAGGUACCCGCAUCAUCUACGACCGCAAGUUCCUGCUGGAGUGCAAGAUUUCGUCCGGGGCCAGGACCCUUCCCUGCUGCCUGCCCCAGAUCCCCGGUGUCACCUCCCUGGCCCAGUCCAGCCUCGUCAAGCUGGAGGUGCUCAAGGAGCAGAAUGAGAAUGAAGAAGCCAUGCCAGAUCAAGACCAGUUUGAGAUGGACCUCUGAGUUUCCAGCUUCCUGUCUCCAGGCUGUGGCUGGGCCUGUUCCUGGGCCUUGUGGAGGUGCUGGCACCGUGACCAGCUGGCUGCAGCCCUCUCUGAUGCUGGGGAUGGAUGUGUGACACCUCAGGCUGUAGCACAACUGCCUCGUGCAACUGCCUAGGAGCUCAUGCUUGAUUAAUAAACACCAUGAAACCCCUUU